AUGUUUUUGGUUACAGUAACUAUACUGUUUAUUCUUUCAAUAGAUUCUUCUCUUGCCAACAAGAAAGAGUUUUCUAUAAGGGAGUUGAAGAGUGAUGACUCGGAUUGUAACGAUUGCACACAAGGAAGAUUAAUUCUUGAAUCCCAGUGUGGGUUGACACCUGACAUAUUCCAUCAUGCGGGUUUACCUCAAAAUGAGCAGGACUUGCGACGUGUAUAUUGUGAUUUAGCUGAUAGUUAUUCUUCAAUUUUGAGUGGUCAUACUGAAGAAGAACAUGAGUCCUGGCCAACUAAUGGGUUGUUUGGUGUGCUGAUUACCAGCGGCCACGAACAACGUACCAACGGCCAUUACUACACUUCUAUUGGAUUGGUUGCUACAAAUUCAGAGGGUGCUACUAUUUUGUCAAAGGGUAUAGUGGUGGAAACGGCCAGCAACACCCGAUCACUCAUUGGGGGAGCAAAAGCAAGUGGUGCCAUCACAUAUUCAAGCUUGUUACUAGGACUUGUUUUUACUUUAGUUGGUUUAGUAACUUAA